ACAACCACAACUGAUGCUCCAACUACGACAACAACAGCUCCCACAACCACAACUGAGUCUCCAACUACAACAACAACAGCUCCAACUUCCACAACAACAGCGCCAACAACCACAACAACAGCUCCAACUACCACAACAACAGCUCCAAUAACCUCAACUGAGGCUCUAACUACAACAACAACAGCUCCAAUAACCACAACUGAGGCUCCAACUACCACAACAACAGCUCCAACUACCACAACAGCAGCUCCAACAACCACAACUGACGCUCCAACUACCACAACAACAGCUCCAACAACCUCAACUGAGGUUCCAACUACGACAACAACAGCUCCAAGAACCACAACUGAGUCUCCAACUACAACAACAACAGCUCCAACUUCCACAACAACAGCUCCAACAACCACAACAACAGCUCCAACUACAACAACAACAGCUCCAACAACCACAACUGACGCUCCAACAACCACAACUGACGCUCCAACUACCACAACAACAGCUCCAACUACCACAACAACAGCUCCAACUACCACAACAACAGCUCCAACAACCACAACUGACGCUCCAACUACCACAACAACAGCUCCAACAACCUCAACUGAGGUUCCGACUACAACAACAACAACUACAACAACAACAGCUCCAACAACCACAACUGAGGCUCCAACUACCACAACAACAGCUCCAACUACCACAACAAUAGCUCCAACAACCACAACUGAGGCUCCAACUUCAACAACAGCUCCAACUACCACAACAGCAGCUCCAACAACCACAACUGAUGCUCCAACUACCACAACAACAGCUCCAACAACUUCAACUGAGUCUCCAACUACGACAACAACAGCUCCAACAACCACAACUGAGUCUCCAACUACAACAACAACAGCUCCAACUUCCACAACAACAGCUCCAACAACCACAACUGAUUCUCCAACUACCACAACAACAGCUCCAACUACAACAACAACAGCUCCAACUACCACAACAACAGCUCCAACUACAACAACAACAGCUCCAACAACCACAACAACAGCUCCAACAACCACAACUGACGCUCCAACUACCACAACAACAGCUCCAACAACCUCAACUGAGGUUCCUACUACAACAACAACAGCUCCAACAACCUCAAAUGAGGCUCUAACUACCACAACAACAGCUCCAACAACCACAACUGACGCUCCAACUACCACAACAACAGCUCCAACAACCUCAACUGAGGUUCCAACUACAACAACAACAGCUCCAACAACCUCAAAUGAGGCUCUAACUACCACAACAACAGCUCCAACAACCACAACUGACGCUCCAACUACCACAACAACAGCUCCAACUACCACAACAACAGCUCCAACUACCACAACAACAGCUCCAACAACCACAACUGACGCUCCAACUACCACAACAACAGCUCCAACAACCUCAACUGAGGUUCCAACUACAACAACAACAGCUCCAACAACCUCAACUGAGGCUCUAACUACAACAACAACAGCUCCAACAACCACAACUGAGGCUCCAACUACCACAACAACAGCUCCAACUACAACAACAACAGCUCCAACUACAACAACAACAGCUCCAACUACCACAACAACAGCUCCAACUACCACAACAACAGCUCCAACAACCACAACUGACGCUCCAACUACCACAACAACAGCUCCAACAACC